AUGGGACGGAAUGAGAAGGCCAGAAAUAUCAAUCAAGUUUGGAGCGAAAUUAGCAUUAAUGGGUGUAAUGUUCAACGUUGGUUCAAAAAAUUUCGGGAGGGAGACUUCAGCCUUGAAGACAAAGAAGGUCGUGGAAAGACUUCUUCUCUUAGCGACGAUGUUCUGCGGGCUUUGGUGAAAGAAAACCUCAGAACAACUGUUCGAGAACUUUCAGGGAAACUCUUAACAUCAAGGCGAUUGGAAAGAAGGAUAAUGGCUGCAGGAUCUUCUAUUCCAUGGCAGAGACUCCUUUAUGAAACAACAGGUGAUGGAAAACUAGAUGGCAGAGCAUUGCGGGACUUCUUUGCUCCAUUGGAGGACUGGUUAAGGAAUGAGAAUCUGAGAACUGGUGAGAAGGUGGAAUGGUUAUACGGUUUUCUUAACUCACAAGCGGACACGCAUACAGUACAACAGCUGGACUGA